AAAGAGGCUGUUCUUUUUAGCUGAAUGUGAUGAGAACAGUGAAGAAGAUGGCUUCUGCUGUCAGCAUCGCUGCGUUUCUGCUCUGCUGCUGCUUCGUUCCCUCCACAGGCUCUCAGGAUGAUUGUGUGUACAAUGCAACAGGAUCAAACUUUAUUGUGCCACUUAACUACAAGUUAAAAGACUCAGAGAGUCUGAAAUGGAUCAAGGACACACGUGUAGUCUUUUAUCGCAGACAGAAACAGAUGAUUGAAGGGAAAAAUGAUGAUGUUGAUUCAGCUGGAUCACUAAAGCUGACACAACUCACCAAAGACAAGUCAGGACGAUACAAACCAGAGGUUACCAAUGCAGAUGGAAUAAAUGUGGGAGAUUUACCAAUCAUGCGUUUAUGUGUAUUAGACCCUGUGCAGAAGCCCACAGUGACAAUGAAGUGUGAUAAGACUAAAGUCACUUUUACUUGCAAUGUUAUUAAGAGUGAAAAUAAUCUUCAGAUCAAAUGGUUUAUGGUUGAUAAAAAGACGGCAGAAAAAGAGACUGACAAGGACCUGACAAGACUAGUCAAAGACGUGCAAAAUGCUAAUUUCUUUUGCAGUGUUUCUAACCGCGUCAGCUCUGAGACCAGUCAGCCUGUUCAACAAGACUGCAUUAAGUCCUCUUUUCCUGAAACGCUAUUUGGAAUUAGCAUCUGGGUUUUUGUGGGUGGUGGAGCAGGUAUUGUUCUGGUGCUGAUCCUGAUUGUCAUCAUUUGUUGCAUCCAGACCAAACGGAAGAGGCGUUUGCGACUAAAGGAUGAGAGGGAGCUUCGCUUGCAGUGGGGCAAUCAGGAACAACAACAUCAGCAUCAUCAGCAUCAUCAUCACCAUCAUCAACAUCCAAAUCAAAAUCAUUCUGAUCAGCAUCAGCAUCAUCACCCCCACCACCAUCAGCAGCAGCCGGCAGGCAACACCGGCCCCCGACAACAUCGCUCUAAACAGCCACGCACCCAGCAGCGUCCCAGAGCGCCUGAGCCCGCCAACGGCCAACCUCAGCCCAACCCCAGACGGGCUACGCAGGCUUCCGCUCCAGCUGGUAACGGCGAAGAGCAGCCUCCUCCUCUUCCUCAGCCCAGGAAGAAAACUCCAAAAGCACCAAAAGAAUGAAAAAACUUGAGCUUAGUAUAUGGAAAUAAUUUUUAAUCUUCUUCUUCAUCUUUUUAAAAGCUUGUCUCAAACUAUAAAUCUAUCUGAUGAUGUGACGCUGAAACUUGACCUGCCAAAGAAUAUAUAUAUAUAGAUAUUGUAAUAUUUGUAUAUAAAUAACAAAUAUUUCGUAGAUUUUGGAUCCUCUUAUAUUAGAAAGUGAGUCUACAUGAGGAAACUUCUGGAAGAUGUGAGAUGUUUUAUAUGAACAAUCAGACUUUCACUUCAUAGUUUAAAACUGCCAAAUAAUUAUUUUUAUUUUCUUAAUUUUUCAUUAUACUUGAGUAAAUUAUAUGUUAAAUACAAAGUAAUUGUCAAAGUAUUUGACAUUUCUGUUGAAUGCAAUAUUAUAUAGAAUAUUGCUAGUAGUUGUUACUCUUUGCUACUUAUUCCAUAUUUACGUCCUAGAAACAGUUUUACAUUUUGGGAAAUACUCGUAUUUUCACGUUUACCAUUUUUUAGCUUCACUGCUGUUGGCAUUUGUAUGUUGAAUACAGAGCUGAGACCAGCAGCUGGUUAGCUCAGUUUAGCUUGGCUUAGAAUAGCUUAGAUUCAAAUAAAGUGGCUCUUAAUAAUAAUAAAUAAAGUGGAUUUUUUUUUUUUUGCCUCUUAACAUUUGAGGCUUUCUACAAAUGUUUUGCCAGGUUAAGCAAAAUCUGUCAGACUGUAUAUAAAAGAUGAUGUAACCAACUGGUUUCUAAAGUUUCUAAAGACUAUAUACUCAAAACAAAUAUUCUUGACCCUCACAGCCCAGUAAAGCCUGAACGAUGAAAUAAUUGCCAGAAAAUUCUCGUUUUUUUCAAACUGCAGUGGUAACUGCAAAACAAUAUAUAUCAGUUUGCAUAUUACAUUUGGCAUUUUUGUAUAAAAAAGAAACUGAUGAUGGCGGUCUCAAAAACUCACAAAAAUUGAAGUAUCUUAAUCGUUUUGGGCUUGAAUGGAGUUUUUUGAGUGUAGCUUUUGAAACCAGGCAUCAUGUGCAAGGUGUGCAUCAUACUGAGAAACCGAGAGCCACGCCCUAAAGCAGCGGUCCCCAACCUUUUUUGCGCCACGGACCGGUUUAUG